AUGCUGCCUUUAGUCUCUUGUCUGCUCGCACUUUGGCCGCUUGCGGCACUAGCCGGACCGUCUCUCGAGCUCCAGAAGCGAUCCGUCACUUGUCUCAAGCCCGGAGACACGGCAACGGCGACAUGGACCAACAGCGCCGGGCAGACGUGCACCUUUACGGGCAUCGUGGGGAGCAACUUUGGAGCCAACCCCGCCGGCUCAGGAGACUACUCGUGUAACGGCCGGUGCGGUGCUGGCUGCUCCGGAACCUCUCUGGGAAACGCUUACACCCAGGACUGCUUCUCCCAUGACAUGUGCUCCUUUUUCAACAAUGCGAGCGGCGGCGCAAGUGACCCCAACUGCGGCGCGGCUUUCGACGCAGCUAUCGACGACACCGCCUUCGGCACCUUGAGAGGCUGUGGGCAAUCCAACCCCAACCCGCCAAACGACGUCUCUAAGCCCACGACGCAGCCUAUCUACCCCCAACCCCCUACCACCAGCGCACACGAAGCCUGGGCAAACCUCUCGGCAAAAGCCGACAUCGUCACGCCGAUCUCGACGGACCGCGCCUCCUUCCUCGCCGAGUGCGCGUCGGGCGCCUUCGCCGGGGUCGUGGCCGCAUACCGCACCUUUGACAGCGGCAGGGUGACGGGCCGCGUCGACGCGGAGCUGCUGGAGGCGCUGCCGGACACGCUCCGCUUCGUGUGCCACAACGGCGCCGGCUACGACCAGGUCGACGUGGCCGCGUGCACGGCGGCCGGCGUGCGCGUCAGCAACACGCCCUCGGCCGUCGACGACGCCACCGCCGACGCGGGCAUCUUCCUCAUGCUCGGCGCUCUGCGCAACUUUGGUCCCGGCAUGCGGAGCUGCCGCGCCGGCGAGUGGCUCGGCACGCCCGCGCCCGCGCUGGGCCGCGACCCCCGCGGCAAAGUCCUCGGCGUCCUCGGCAUGGGCGGCAUCGGCAGGAACAUGGCCAGGAAGGCCGCCGUGUUCGGCAUGAAGAUCCGCUAUCACAACCGCACCAGGCUGUCGGCCGAGCUGGAGGCGGACUGCGGCGCCGAGUAUGUUGAUUUCGACACGCUGCUCGCCACCAGCGAUGUGCUGAGCUUGAACUUGCCGUUGAACCCCAAAACCCGCCACACGAUAUCCCACGCCGAGUUCGCCAAGAUGAAGCCAGGCGUCGUGGUAGUCAACACGGCCCGCGGUGCCGUCAUGGAUGAGGCGGCGCUUGUGGCGGCGCUGGACUCGGGCCGUGUCGCCUCGGCCGGCCUCGACGUCUACGAGGAGGAGCCCAAGGUCCACCCAGGACUGCUUGCCAACCACCGAUGCAUUCUGGUGCCGCAUAUGGGCACAUACACCGAGGAGACCCAGACCAAGAUGGAGGAGGUCGCCAUAUCAAACGUCGUUGCCGCCGUCGAGAAGGGUCAGCUCGUCACUGGCGUUCCGGAGCAGAGUGGCGUGACUUUGUGA